GGACUGCCUAGCGUCGUGUUAAUAUUAAAUAUCGCAGCAUCGCCCACUCUUGUUGACUGCGAACAAGAAUUCUCCUUCUGUACGACACCAGUUGAAUAGGGCACGCUGAGAGAGAGUCAAGUCAACUUUCUUUGAUUAUGCUCGCUCAUUCCCCCGCAUCUCUUGUCUUAUCCCAAUCCAAUACCCUAUGCCAAUUCUCCUACCUGCUCCUGUCUUAUCUCUUUUUUCUUAUCUUUUGAAUUAACCUCCCGGAUUUCGCUCCGAAUACGUUAAACCUCACCUCCGUGCUCUGUUGGCAUCGCAAACGCCAAAAUGGGGCUCAACGAGGAAAAAACCCCACAGAUUGAACCCGCCACGUCGGGGGAUGGUGGUAGUAUCCAUGAAGGGGAGAGCAUGGGGACCCUGCACCGCCGGCUCGGUAACCGUCAGAUCCAGCUCAUCGCUGCUGGUGGCUCAAUUGGCACGGCCCUGUUCAUUAGCAUUGGCGGCGGUCUCGCUAAGGGUGGCCCUGCCAGCCUGUUUAUUGCCUACACGCUGUAUUCCUGCAUCCUCGGAUUGGUCAAUAACUCGAUCGCCGAAAUGAAUACAUAUAUGCCGGUGUCGGGGGGCUUCAUCCGCCUCGCUGGCUACUGGGUGGACGAUGCUCUGGGAUUUCUUGCCGGGUGGAAUUUCUUCUUCUAUGAAGCUUUCCUGAUUCCCUUUGAGAUCACGGCGCUCAGUCUGGUCAUGUCUUUCUGGAAUGAGACUGUCACGGAACCUGGCCCCACGGCUGGCAUCUGUGCCGCUGUUAUUAUUUGCUAUGCUACGUUGAACAUCCUUGCGGUUAAAUUCUACGGAGAGGCAGAAUUCUGGCUAUCCGGAGGCAAGCUUGUUCUGAUUUUUAUCCUCUUCGCCUUCACCUUCGUUACGAUGGUCGGCGGUAAUCCGCAAGGCGACGCCUAUGGCUUUCGCCAUUGGAACAACCCUGGUGCUUUCGCUGAGUUCCAUACCAAGGGCGACCUUGGUCGUUUUGAAGGGUUUCUUGCCGCUCUGUGGAGCGCGAGCUUUACCGUUGUCGGGCCCGAGUAUAUCUCUAUGGUGGCCGCCGAGGCUCAGCGCCCGAGUGUUUACAUCAAGUCAGCCUUUAAGACUGUGUAUUAUCGAUUCUGUAUCUUCUUCAUUAUCGGUGCACUCGCUGUUUCAAUCGUGGUUGCCUACAAUGACCCAGCCCUCGUUGAAAUCUACUUUGGCAGCGGGGACAGCAGCACAGCGGCCGCCUCGCCGUAUGUGAUUGCGAUGGAGAACCUCGGUGUCAGUGUGCUUCCGCAUAUUGUCAACGCGUUGAUCUUCACCUCCAUCUUCUCCGCCGGCAAUACGUAUACCUAUUGCGCCACGCGAUCCCUCUACAGUUUGGCUCUGGAGGGCCGCGCUCCUCGUAUCUUGCGCUACUGCAACAAAUCCGGCGUGCCGGUGUAUUGCUUCUGUGUGGUGAUGCUUUUCCCCUUCCUCUCCUUCCUCCAGGUCGGCAGUGGCUCCGCCCAGGCCAUUACCUGGUUCGUCAGCCUCGUCACUGGUGGUGGUCUGAUCAACUAUUUCUGCAUGUCCGUCACGUUCAUCAACUACUACCGGGCCUGCAAAGCCCAAGGCGUGGACCGCAAGAAGAUGCCCUACUAUGGCUGGUUCCAGCCCUAUGGCGCCUACAUCGCACUAACGGUUCACUGUUUCGUGAUCAUUUUCUACGGAUAUAGCUCCUUCACGCCAUGGAGCGUGUCCAACUUCUUCUCCAACUACACGAUGCAGUUGGUAGCACCCUGCCUGUUUAUCUUCUGGAAGGUCGUCAAGAAGACCCGCUAUGUCCGACCUCACGAGGUGGACCUCGUCUGGGAGCGACCAGCCAUUGACGCCUAUGAGAAUAGCAUAACCACCCCACCAGUGGGCUUCUGGUCCGAGAUGAUCGGCUUAGUUGGUAUCCGACGGAGAAAGAACAGAGCAGACCCCGAGCGCGACAACUAAGUGACGGUAUCCCUGCACCUCACUGGCCCUAUUCCUUUCGAUUGCGACCCCUGCGACCAUUGCGACCAUUGCGACCCUUGUGCCCCCCCCCCCAUUGCUAACGAAAAGAUACCCUCUACGAACGAUGUCGCCCGGAAGAUCAGUACCCUUGCCCUGAAUGCAGCAACCAGCCCGAUUUCCACUCCCUUGCGACCAGGAAUCCGACGCCAAUUAGAUGUACGACUUGCCCACAGAUUCAGUAAGCCGGUCUCGACGAGUUGCCAGUAUCCCAACGCCCAUGCCACCGCCCGUACCCAAGCCCACACCCGUGCGCAACGCGACCAGCGACAACCAUGGUGCCCGUAUCCGAAGGAAAGCCCUAUCUACAGAGUACUAGAAAUAGAAAAAUUCACGCAUGUGUAUCUAAGUUUUGUCUUGGGCAAUUUUAACCGAAAGCUUUUCCUCUCUGUGAGCCCAUUGCGACAAAG